AUGGUGCAUCCUGCUCAUCAUAACCGUCCAUUGGUCUCUCCAAAUUCAGUCAGCAGGCCUGUUAUCGGCUCAAGACCUCUCCCAUCAUCGCAUUUAGGAAAUGGAAAUGCAUUCACUGGUGGUUGUAGUGAUUUCUUCCUAGGUGGAGAGACUGAUAUAAAUUGUGGUUUAAUCUCUUCUAACUGUCCUAGUCAUUCAGAAGCUGGAUGGAUUGGUCUUCCAGGUCGUCCCAUUAUUUGUCUAAUCGAGUGUUUGUUAGAUGCAGCUGCUAUCGUAGUUGAAGCGACUAAUCUUCAAACACGUAUUGAACUACCAUCAUGGGGUCAUAUGGAAAAAGCAUCAUUCUAUUUGUGUUUAGCCGUUAAAGUCAGCUUAUUAACCCUAUUUCAACAACGACGCCUUGUUGGAUCAGUUAGUCGAUUGUUAGCAUGUCAACAUCAAGAAGCCCGUUUAUUAACCCUUUUAAGCACAAUACCUAAAGACGUCACUACCGUAUUAGCAAUGUGUGAAACAUUAUGCCAUUUAUUAGGCCCACCAAUAUCAUCACGUAUUCUAAGCAAGUUGGAUUAUUCCUCGUUAAUGCAGUUAUGGUGGUGGUCUUCACUUGGAUUAACUGUGCAUUCAGAUACUUAUCCAGUUCAUGCUGUCGCCGAGUUUGUUUUAAAUUACUUACUGGAUACACAGAAGUUGAAUCAGUUGGUGUCUUUCAGUAUCUGUUGGAUACAUUCUGGUAACGGGAGCAAUAAUAAUAAUAAUUUGUCAUCAGUUCGUAUUGACGAUAUGGUUUUCACAUUGGUGACACGAGCUAUGCGGCUUUCUAUCCUUGAAAAUUAUGGGGAUAAUUCUGCACCUGGACCAAGUCUAACUCGGAGUAUCAGUUCACCGCAGUUAUUAUUGAGUAGUAGUGGUGUUGGUGGUGGAGGAGGCAGUGGCAAUCAAGGAUAUACCAAUUCUCCACGUGCGAACUACAAUUAUCGUGACAGGGAUCAUUUCAAUAAUCUUGGUGGUCAUAUCUGCGGUGGUGGAGAUGUUGUUGUAGGUGGUGGUUUAGAAACUGCUCUUGCUGUAAAUACAGAAGUUAGUGAUCAAGAAUUCAGUAUGCCACCGCUGACAUCUGUAACAGUUGAUUCAUUGCAAUUUCCAGGGGAUAGUAUGAAUGCUAAUUUUGACAAUCGCCAAAGAUAUCCACACCCACCGAAUACGAAUCAUCCUGCCUCAUGUCGAUGGGAUCAUCAUCUGCAACCGGUUCCGGACUAUGAUCGUUCUGCCAUGACAACGCCGAAUAUUUCUUCCCCACCUUUACCGUCUGUCUUUGCUAUUUCUACACAAAAUUGUCUUAAAUCCAACAAUGGAUCUGCAUACUUCAAUUUUCCUUGUAAUAAUUUACCUGUUUAUCCUACAUAUAACCCUCAGAAUAUCAUCGACACUAACAAUAUCAGCACGAACCACACUCAUACCUCUAAUUUUAUUCGAUCUGCGAGGAUAGAUGAUAUUCAGCAUUUUGAAGAUGAUAAUCAGGACCCACAAUACCUGCGAUGUCUAGAAACCUUGAAAUUGCGUCAAACUCGAUUGGCUGUUGCAUUAAUACGUGUUUCUAAAUCACACAUUCAUCGAUUAGAUCAAAUUGUACAGAUCUGUGAUCAAAAUAUUCAUUCAACUGUUAGCCUACUGGCUAUAUCACAACAGGUAUUUGCAGAAGCAAUGGGUUGGAAAUUGAGAUCAUUGGUAAACCGUAAACCACCGAGUACUACUAAUCUACUUGAUUCAACCUAUGGUGAAUGUGCUUGUCUGCUGAAUGGGAAUUCACCGGCCAGUCUACUUUCACCAUCAAAUGCAACAAAUAUUGCUGUAGAAACAUUCUUCACUCGUGAUCGAAUAUAUCUGAUUAGUACUGCAUUUCAUUUAGCCUUGAUAGGUGUACUGCGUACAUCUAGGCGAUCGAUUUAUUGGCGUAGGCGAGAAGCGUUGGUAUGGGCAGUUUCAACAGUUCUACAUGUUGGUCCUUCUGCGUGUUUAUAUCUUAUCAGUCAUUGGUCGUCUUAUUUGAACGCUAGAGAAGCUGUUGUCUGGCUUGCUCCAGCUUUAUUGACUGCAAUGGACUCAUCGGAUUCGAAUAUUGCCGGUGCUGUAUCGUCUGCUCCACGUAUAUCGAAAUCUUUAUCCAGUAAAGUCUGUCCAAAAGGCCAGCCUCAUCCUUCGGCUAUGGAGGGUAACAUGUGUUUUGAUCAUUCAUUGUUCUUUCGUGUUCCUAACUGGGAUGAUUUGCCUAACGGUGGUGGUGGUGUGAAUUUCGGACCAACAAUUGAUGCCAGUUUUUCCAUGUGGCCAUCUUGGUAUUCAUUUUGUGCAGCUACAUUCACUUCAAAAAAUCGUGUUAACUCAAUCAGUAUGGCUGCUCAGUUACUUAGCACUGCAGUGCCUUACUCGAAAAUAGCUCGUGAACAGAUAAUAAAUGCUGUAAGACAUAUGGCAUUGCAGGGGAUAGAGAAGGAAGAGCAGUGUCAAGAGAAGCGGAGGAACAUGUUAUACGCUUCACGCUUUGGUGAUCAUAUUCUACGAAUUUCGGGUUUAGUCAUAGCAUGCAAGGAACAGGUUUAA